AUGCAACUAAAACUGAAACGGAUACUUGCUCAGAUGCGAGAAGAUGCUCGAGCUGCUAGCUCUGAUGCUGAUGGGGCUGAUAGCGAACAGGUUAUGGCACGUUCAGAAGAGCUCCGAGGAACUGGGCACCAGCUCUCGAUUCUUCCUUUAGCCGUGGACCGUAGAAGCGAUGUGCUCAAGAGCGGCGGAAGGGGAGAAUCUCAGUUGGCCUUAUCCAGUGUGAAAUAAAUUUGGAUCAAGUACUCCCCAGAGGUGCCCCUUUUCGGCAAUAGAAGCUGUCAAGUACACUGAAAUACCAAAGCCACUUUGGGUACUUUAGUCUGUUUAUUCCCAAAAGAGAGGGCUAAUUGAUGUACUUGAGAUGCAUUUCCUCUAAGUAUAGACUUCC